AUGGGGCAGCCAUGGCCCCCCCUGCUGCUGCUGCUGUGGGGCUGUGGGGCUGGGGGUCAGCAAGGCACCCAGCCCUUCUCCAUCCGGAUCGAGGGGGACGUGACGCUGGGGGGCCUGUUCCCGGUGCACGCCCGGGGCCCGGCUGGGGUGCCGUGCGGCGAGGUGAAGAAGGAGAAGGGGAUCCACCGCAUGGAGGCCAUGCUCUACGCCCUGGACCAGAUCAACGCCGACCCCCAGCUGCUCCCCAACCUCACCCUGGGUGCCCGCAUCCUGGACACCUGCUCCCGGGACACCUACGCCCUGGAGCAGUCGCUGACCUUCGUCCAGGCCCUGAUCCAGAAGGACACGUCGGACGUGCACUGUGCUGACGGCCGGCCCCCCCUCCUCACCCGACCCGAGCGGGUCGUGGCCGUAGUCGGCGCCUCCGCCAGCUCUGUCUCCAUCAUGGUGGCCAAUGUCCUGCGGCUCUUCGCCAUCCCCCAGAUCAGCUACGCCUCCACUGCCCCCGAGCUCAGCGACAACAAUCGCUAUGACUACUUCUCCCGGGUGGUGCCACCCGACUCGUACCAGGCCCAGGCCAUGCUGGACGUGGUGAAGGCGCUGGGCUGGAACUACGUCUCCACGCUGGCCUCCGAGGGCAACUACGGCGAAAGCGGGGUGGAGGCCUUCGUCCAGAUCUCCCGCGAGGCCGGCGGCGUCUGCAUCGCUCAGUCCAUGAAGAUCCCGCGGGAGCCCAGGGCAGGCGAGUUCGACAAGCUGAUCAAGCGGCUGAUGGAGACGCCCAACGCCCGCGGCAUCAUCAUCUUCGCCAACGAGGACGACAUCAAGCGGGUGCUGGAGGCCACACGUCGCGCCAACCUGACAGGGCAUUUCCUGUGGGUCGGCUCGGACAGCUGGGGCUCCAAGAUCUCGCCCAUCCUGCGGCAGGAGGAAGUGGCCGAAGGAGCCGUCACCAUCCUGCCCAAGCGGGCGUCCAUCGAAGGCUUCGAUCAGUAUUUCACCUCGCGCUCGCUGGAGAACAAUCGCCGCAAUAUCUGGUUCGCCGAGUUCUGGGAGGACGAUUUUAAAUGUAAACUCACCCGCCCGGGGGCGCAGCCGGAGGAGGCCACUCGGAAAUGCACCGGUGAGGAGCGCAUCGGGCGGGACUCCCUAACGAGCAGGAGGGGAAGGUGCAGUUUGUGAUCCGACGCUGUCUACGCCAUGGCCCACGCCUGCACAACUGAACCUGACCUGUGCCCUGGCGCCACCGGGCUCUGUUGAGCGCACUGGCACCCCGGACGGCGCACCCUGCUGCACUACAUCCGGGUCACCUUCAACGGCAGUGCCGGGACCCCCGUCAUGUUCAAUGAGAACGGAGAUGCCCCCGGGCGCUACGACAUCUUCCAGUACCAGCUCACCAACACCACGGUGCCUGGGUACAAAGCCAUUGGGCAAUGGACCGAAUACCUGCGCCUGAACAUCGAGGAGAUGCAGUGGUCCAGGGGCCAGCAGGACAUCCCCUCGUCCGUCUGCAGCCUGCCCUGCGGGCCAGGCGAGCGGAAGAAGAUGGUGAAGGGUGUGCCCUGCUGCUGGCACUGCGAGCUCUGCGACGGGUACCAGUACCAGCUGGACGAGUUCACCUGCGAGACCUGCCCCUUCGACAUGCGCCCCAGCCCCAACCGCACGGCCUGCCGGCCCACGCCCAUCGUCAAGCUGGAGUGGAGCUCGCCCUGGGCCGUGCUGCCCGUCUGCCUGGCCAUGGCCGGCAUCCUGAGCACCACCUUUGUGGUGGUCACCUUCGUGCGCCACAACAACACGCCCAUCGUCCGGGCCUCAGGGCGGGAGCUGAGCUACGUGCUGCUGACGGGCAUCUUCCUCAUCUACGCCAUCACCUUCCUGAUGAUCGCCGAGCCGGGCGUGGUGGUGUGCGCCGCCCGGCGCCUCUUCCUGGGGCUGGGCAUGGCCCUCAGCUACUCGGCCCUGCUCACCAAGACCAACCGCAUCUACCGCAUCUUCGAGCAGGGCAAGAAGGCGGUGACGCCACCCCGGUUCAUCAGCCCCACCUCGCAGCUGGCCAUCACCUUCAGCCUGAGCGCCGUGCAGCUGGUGGGGACGCUGGCCUGGCUGGGGGCCCUGCCACCCCACAGCGUCAUCGACUACGAGGAACAGCGGGUGCCCAACCCCGAGGCGGCCCGUGGGGUGCUCAAGUGCGACAUGUCCGACCUGUCGCUCAUCUGCUGCCUGGGCUACAGCCUGCUGCUCAUGGUCACCUGCACCGUCUAUGCCAUCAAGGCCCGCGGCGUCCCCGAGACCUUCAACGAGGCCAAGCCCAUCGGCUUCACCAUGUACACCACCUGCAUCGUCUGGCUGGCCUUCGUGCCCAUCUUCUUCGGCACCGCCCAGUCCGCCGAGAAGAUCUACAUCCAAACGACGACGCUGACGGUGUCCAUGAGCCUCAGUGCCUCAGUUUCCCUGGGGAUGCUCUACGUGCCCAAGGUCUACGUCAUCAUCUUCCACCCUGAGCAGAACGUGGCCAAGCGCAAGCGGAGCUUCAAGGCGGCAGCCACAGCCGUCAGCGCCUCUACCCGCCUCUCGCAGAAGGGCAGCGAGCGCCAGAACGGGGCUGACGCGGCCCUGGCGGGCAAAUAG